AUGAACCACACCCCGUAUAGACUUGUUUACGGAAAGGCAUGCCACUUUCCCGUCGAGAUUGAGCACAAGGUAUACUGGGCAAUUAAAAAACUCAACGAAGACUUAACUGUGGCCGGAAAAGAAAGAAUGCUCCAACUCAAUGAGCUUGAAGAAUGGCAUUUACUUGCAUAUGAAACGUCGAAGACUUAUAAGGAAAGAUCAAAACUCUAUCAUGAUAUGCCUAUCAAGAGGAACAAGGAAUUUGCUGAAGGAGACCGGGUUCUACUGUUUAAUUCCAGAUUAAGAUUAUUCCCAGGUAAAGUUAAAUCCAGAUGGACUGGACCGUAUGUAGUUAUGAAAGUAUUUCCCUAUGGUACCUUGGAAAUUCUGCAUCCCGAAAAAGGCAGAUUAAAAGUGAAUGGUCAUCAAAUAAAGAAAUACUAUGGAAUGGAGAACUUACAAGGUAUAGUCCAGUGUUACAGGCUAGAGCCAUGGGAAGAUGAGUGA